AGCUAGUUCGGCUCAUCUCAAAGCUUUCGCGUUCGCGUUCACUGCAUGCCUGAUCCGAUAACUUAUACAGCUCGUUAGUAAUGUCAACGGAUUGGUCGUCUCGCAUUGUAAAGCCCUACAAGGAGACAAGGUCGAUGUCGCUGAAUUGAGAGACGGCAAUCGGGUCGAUCCCAUUGGCAAGUGCCAUCGGACGGAGCUACAUGCUGUUGGGAAAUAUGAAAUUACUAUAAAUUAUAAAGAACUCAUCAUUCCUUUUUCCUAAUGAACAUUAUCAUCCCCUUCUUCGUUGGCACAUCAUUUAAUUCUAUAUCUUAACAUGGCCCAAACACUCGUCCUCAACCCACCCCUUCCCUCUCAUCUCGUCCAUCAAUUUCCGCUCCCAACUUUCAUCGAAAACCUAGCAAUCCGCUCCAAUGGCCAAAUCCUCAUCACCGUCGUCAAUACGGCGUCCUUAGUCCUGGUCGACCCAAGCAACCCCUCAACCCCAAUCGUGGUCCACAAAUUUGAAGGAGUUCUUGCUGUGACAGGUGUUAUCGAGGUCGAGCACGAUGUCUUCUACAUUGCAGCAGGAAACUUUGAUUUGAUGAAAGGCAACGAGUCUGGAAGUUAUUCCAUUUGGAAGGUUGACAUGGGAAGUUUUGAAAAAGAGGGGCAAUCGAAAGUCGAGAAGCUUUGCGAUUUGACAAAUGCGGGACUGCCAAAUGGAUUCGAAACACUUUCAAACGACAAGAGCUUCUUCUUAUUUGCAGACUCGGAAGUUGGUGCUCUCGUAAAGGUCGAUGUCAUCACUGGUGCUAGUGAGGUCUGGGUCCAAGUCGACGAGAUGAAAUGUUCACCGGAAGGACUAAAAAUUGGCAUCAACGGAAUCAAGUAUCGAGAUGGCUAUGUAUAUUGGACCAACACCAGCAAACAGCUGUUCUGUCGCAUCAAGAUUGACGAUCAUGGAAAGAUUGUGGGCGAAGCAGAAAUUGUCACAAAAGAUAUUCUCGUCGAUGAUUUUGUGUUUGACAAGAAAGGGAAUGCUUGGAUGAUGACACAUAGCAACAACACUGUGGUCGUUGUGAAGACGGAUGGCUCCUUGGUUACUGCAGCAGGAGAAUUGAAUGAGAUGACGGUGGCUGGUGGGACGGCGGGCCAAUUUGGGAGGCGGGAAGAUGAUCAGCAUAUUCUGUAUGUCACCACCACUGGAGCCCUGAGUGCCCCAGUAGGAGGUGACAAGGUUGAAGGAGGAAAGAUUGUCGCUAUUGAUACAUCGAAGUUUGAAUGAGAUGGGCUAUGGGAUUGAUACAAUGACACAGAAUUCUAGAUGCUCUACUGCGGUGGUGGAUGUCCUUGAGGGUCGAACACCACUAUCAAACGCCGCUAGCCUACCCUAUCUCUCAGACUUCUCAAACAUAUUCUUAGGCUUUCCCCUCUUCCAGUGCAUUGCCAAUUUCUCUAGAAACCCUCACUGCCUGGUCCCGAAAACCACAUAUGAGGA